UUUUCCGAUGCUGCUCUGAGCUAUGCCUAAAGUAGUUUCCCGGUCCGUAGUCUGCUCCGAUACCCGGGAUCGCGAGGAGUAUGACGAUGGCGAGAAGCCCCUUCACGUCUACUACUGUUUAUGCGGCCAGAUGGUCCUGGUGCUGGACUGUCAGUUGGAGAAAUUGCCCAUGAGGCCCCGGGAUCGGUCCCGUGUGAUUGAUGCUGCCAAACACGCCCACAAGUUUUGUAACACAGAAGAUGAGGAGACUAUGUAUCUUCGGAGGUGCGGGCUGCCACUCUUCUACCAGUCCCAACCGAAGAACGCUCCUGUGACCUUCAUUGUGGAUGGAGCAGUAGUCAAGUUUGGCCAGGGUUUUGGGAAGACGAACAUAUAUACUCAGAAACAAGAGCCUCCUAAGAAAGUGAUGAUGACGAAACGGACUAAAGACAUGGGCAAGUUCAGCUCUGUCACUGUGUCUACUAUUGACGAAGAGGAAGAGGAGAUUGAGGCUAGAGAAGUUGCUGACUCGUAUGCGCAGAAUGCCAAGGUGAUUGAGAAGCAGCUGGAGCGCAAAGGCAUGAGUAAGAGGCGGCUGCAGGAGCUGGCUGAACUGGAAGCCAAGAAAGCGAAAAUGAAGGGAACCUUGAUUGACAACCAGUUCAAAUAAUCAGGACCUUUCUGUGAACCCAGACUGGAGGCAAGCAUUUAGAUGAGGAGGAAAAAGAGUCUUUUCUUGACUACAUGGACUGGUUCCUACAUUUAUGCCCCAGCAGAAGGCUUUACGUGGCUUCCCAGUAAUUCUACAUUCAGUGAGGUCUUU